ACUGCAAUAGAAGCCACAGGGUGUCUAAUGUUAUGCAUGUUUUAGUGCAGUUCGCGGUUAGUCACUAGCAAUAGGUUGUGGAGAUAGGAGCAGAAUAAUCUAUAUCGAUACGGUAGCUAUACUGAGGAUAAGGUGGUUUGCGAAGAAAGGGUUUUAAAAGCAGCAUAUUUGCAAAUAAUCUAUUUUAUGUUGUAUAUUGUAUAUUUAUUCUGUAUUUUUUUCAGAUGCAAGAUCCCACACCAAAAAAUAUCAACUGCAUUUCCAAGUAAGAGAACUAAAUUAUUCUGCUAAACAGCCACCACGGAAUUUAUACGAAUGGAUGUUUCCCCUCAAAUCACAGUGGAUAUGGGAUUUUCCUCCUCCGUUCCUGACAAGAUUUGUUUCAGGAGUCGUCAAUACUUGUCUGGAAGAAAGGAGCAGCAAAGACUGGAUUUCCUUAGCAACUGAGGAAGGAUUCUGGCUCUUUUUAUUUUGUAUUCGUUCAGUUCAUUCAAUUCCUAAAGCACUGGCAUCUGAGGGAAAUUGAAAGCAGUUCGUAGCUAAUGAAGAUAACACUGAAAAAGAGUAUUUCUGACGGCAGUCUCCGCCUUUCAUGCUUUCUUUCUCUUUUAUAGCAGCAUAUCUGGAUUUUGAUUGAUAUUGCUUUAUAAUGCAUCAAAUACGUUUUUAUGUGGAAUAAAGAAGUCUGUGAUAAAAUAAAAGAUGCAGAUUUCUUUGCUUCACUUCAUGAAAAUACAGGGCAAAUUACCGAACUGCCAUAAGAAGUUGCGAACGAAUUCCAGUCAUCAUGUAAUGGCUAAACAUCUCGGCUUUCUAUUUUCAGUAUUUAAAAAAUAAAUAAAAAACAAACCGUAGUCUGUUCUAUAGGGAACAUCUAUAACUGUUCCAGUAGAAAUCUGAGGGAUAUCUGCUCCUUUUCGGGAAUUUUUCAUUUGCAGGUAAUUAUGUAGGCAGCCUCCCGGGCAGUAGGAUUGGUGCGAUCGACCAGGAAACCAGAGGGACACAGUUAAAUGGUCUUGUUCCAGCCACUGUCUACUCUGGAUAACUAUAAGCACUGAUACCAGGGUUAUGUAAAAAUAAAAUGGCAAACAUUUACAGUGGGGGUUUAUAAAUAUUUAUAUCCACACAUUCUAUUCAAGGCGGAUUGCUUGCUUGAUUUUUUUUUUUUUUUUUUUUUUUUUUUACUUGAAUUCUUCUUAAUCGGGGUCCAGUGUGAAAGCGUGGGGUUGGGGCUGAUGGCAUGGAUUUGUAAGCUUUGCUGCAAGAGCUCUUAAAAUGUUGAGAUCUCGCUGUGCUGCCGGGGCUCCCGUUCGGAUCAGCGAGGCUCACGGCGAGAGAAAUGGACCCCUCGGCUCCCCCCAGCGCCCCCGCUGCCUUGUGAAGGAUGUCCAUCAGCAGAGCACCGGCCCGGGACAGCACUGAGACCCCCGGCCAGAGAGAGAGAAUCCGCAGCCGCAUGAAAAUGGUGAUCGACCAGCUGGAGGGGAUCCUCAGGGAGCUGAAGGAGGUGGCCAGGGAACUCCGAGAGGUGGUGGGGCAAAUAGACAAGCUGACGUCAGACUUUGAUUUCGAACUGGAGCCAGAUGACUGGACGGUGGCCACAGUGAGCAGCACGUCCAGCAGCGAGAGGGGGCUCGGAGACGCGUUCGGACGGCUGGACUUCCUCACCCCGGAUGUUCUCUCUGACAGCUGGGAAUUCUGCAACUUCCUGGAGACCCCGCCCCCGACGGCUGCAGAGAAGCCGGCUGCCAAGGCGACGGCGACGGUGAGGGCAGAGCAGGCAGCCUAUGCGCAGAUGAACGGCGGUAUUAUCCCGAAUGGGCCUUUGGUUGUCACACCAGAUUCUUCCAGCGAGGAGGCCUCCACUCACAGCCACAAGAACUCCAGGACACCUGGGACCCGCGAGCGGGUGCGAUUCAGUGAUAAAAUCCUCUACCACGCCCUCUGCUGCGAUGAUGACGAGGAAGAGCCUGAGUGCGGGCCCACAGCAGAGACGGACAGUGAGCACAGCCAACCACCAGCCUCACCACCGCCUUCUGCCACCCAGACUCUCAACUGUCACGCCCCUUCCUCUCCAGUUGGGGCAGCAGCUAAACAGGGUUCAAACCCAGCCCCCCUGAAAAAACAACUGCGGAAUAGCAGUACGCAAACUGUGGCAGACAAAAGCACCCAAACAGUGCUGCCCUAUGUCCCAGCCAAACAGAAAACGAAGAACUGAAAGGACAAACAACUUUAUUACAUUAAAUGGUAUAGAUCCAUAGAUCAUUAAAUCAAUGCAUUAAUAAAUAAAUAAUAUAUGGAAAAUCAUUUGACUACCUAAAAUCAUUCUGAGGCUCAGGGAAUUACAAAUAUAAUUAAAAUGUUUUGAAAGAAAAGGGGACCUGUUUUAAUGCAAUAUUUUUAUCACAGCAUCCUUCUAGCACCCUGAUGGGAUUGGGAAAGCCAGUGAUGUCACUAAUUGAGAUUUGUCAGGCUGGAACACAUUGGUUUGAAUUCUAAUUCCAUUACCCUCUGCACAUAACUGCAUGUACUUGGUGAGUACAGGCAUUACUAAAAUGAAAGCAUGUAGUCACAGUUUAAGGGUUUCCAGGAAACAAUGGGCAAUAAUGUUACAUUUGUCCCUGUUGUCUUGGAAAAUAGCUCCAGCUCAUUACUCUUGAAUCGAAAAACUUACUCAUAUGAAUCCCUGGAUAUUGUUUUUUUUUUCUUCUUUUCCCAAUUAUAACAGCUGUUUACAAGCAAACCAAAAAACAGAGAUCCAUGUAUAGUAGCUUUAACCUUCCUGUGAUUCAUGGAACAGGUUUCACUGGUUAACCUUGGGGAGGUCAAGUAUUAUCAACAGCAGACAAUGGUAUGGAUCAAUAAAGACUAAAACAGCUGUUAGUACCUUUUAAAGUGCACGUCCAUUCAAUGUGGAGAUCUGAAAUGUGCAGUUUUGAAAGACAAACUUGUUUAUUGUUAUCUGGUUGUAAACUAGGUUAAUAAAUCUCUAUUUGCAAGCCAUGCUUUCAAAGAGUUGCAUUGACUUGGUCAUUUCACCUGGAGGGUGGAAUUGUCCCUUUCAAUGGCAUCUUUCUUAUCAUUACCCAACCAGCUUUUCUCCUAUUGACCCCCCCGAAGACACUGCUGAGGUGUAAUGGCCUUGGAACGGCAAUUGAUUUCCUGAGAGAAAGGCAUGGAAGCAAAACACUUUAUUUAACCUAAUGAAGUACCAGAUGUUGAUUGAAACAUGUGUUUCUUUUCAAACUGCACAUCUGAGAACAACAGUAUGUAGCUAAUGGAAGUGCACAACAGGUCACUAUUUGGUUAGCCACAAUCACUUUAACAUUGUAAGAUGAGCUUUCAGGCUUCACUAUUAGAUCAAGAUGGCAGAUACAAUGUAUUAAAUCCAACCCACAAAGCCAAUGAAAUCAUUAUUUAUACCUUUUGUGCUCUGCCAUUCCUUAAAGCUCCAGUACCAUAGUUUAAGCUUCGUAAGGCCUGAUUCUGAGGAAAUGCGGUCACACAAACAUAAGACCAAAGUGCUUUAAAUUUGGCUGGACUGAGCCGUCUCCUUCAUGCUGUGAUUUUGAAGGGAGUUUGAGCUGGGCUGGCGCUGGAGGAAUUCUGUUAGCGCUGACCAAUGAAGAAAGAGUGGGAGUCAGAAGCUGCCAGCAAAUCAGGAGCACCAGACAUUCCCUUUAAGAAAACGAUAGCCUAGCAGUUUCCUUUGAUGCGAUUUUUAUUCAACAAAAAGCUGUUUAUAUAUAUGUGUGUGUGUAUAUAUAUUUAUAAAAUGGGUUGGGAGAUAUCUGCAUCCUGACUGGCUGAUAAUGAUUGGUCAGCACAAACAAAAAAUAAUAUGGACUGGAAAACUGAUUCUAAGACUAAAAUAAACACAGUUUUAAGAAGUUUCUUUGCUGAAGUGAUAACAUCAGCUGGCACACAGUAUUCAGUUAGCAGCUACACAAGCUUGCGAGCUGGCCUGAAUAGUUUUUUAAAUUCUCCCACAGUGAGAUGAUCUAUAAACAUAAUUUCAGAUACCCACUUUAAAACAGCAAACAGCGUCUUUACUUCUGUCCUGAAAACACGCGACAACAAAAAGACAAAAAGUCACAACAUCACCCUGCUGUAUCCCAAACAGACUUAAACAAACUUAAGUCAUCAGUACUCAGGACGCAAAUAUCUCCCAAUCCAUUUUAUAAGGUAGUUUAAGAAGCUAUUGGGCACCAGCUGAGAAAGACAGGAAGUCCUGGAGUUACAUCCUCUCUGGAGUACAGUCGUCAACUCGUAAACAAGAAACAAACUCCCCUACUCACCAAACAGUGCCACCUACUGUCCAACUGUGUAACCAGCCAUUUAAUUUAGAAAACUACACUCCCUGGUAGAGUCAACUUCAUGAGACAAAUACUGAAAAUAUUCUGAUAAUUUAUUUAAUGUAUUAGAAUUUAUUUAAUUUAUUAUUAAAAAUAAUUUGUUUAUCUAUUAAAUUAAUUGGAACUAUUACAUUCAUUGGAACUAUUUUUCCUAGCGUAGUAGUAUAUUUAGGAAAAAAUAAACCUAUAUUCAUUUUUAAAUAAAAAUGUGUCUAUCUUUAUUUCUAAAAACUAGUAACCCAUUUUAUAAGCGCAAUACAACACUCCAGAGUGUUGGCUGUGCUAGAAUAACCACACUUCCAGGGGUAAAGGCACUCGGCUUGGAUAUCAUUGUUAUGUAUUCACAAGACAGAAUUUAGUGAUCAGAAACGACACUUUAUUGUUACAACCAAACAGACACAUAUGUCCCACUAACUCUUUUAUGACUGUCGUCAAAAACCAGCUGCCUCAAUUUACGGUAGCUAUUGCAACAGUCCAUAACGUAGCGGUGCUGUACGACUGCAUUAGUUUAAAACUGAACAGAGCAACCAUGUUAACAACAACAACAACAACAGCGGAAUGGGCAAAAGAUGUAGCAAAGAAUCCCACAGCAUAAGCGCAUUUAACAUUAAUAACUGUAUUUAAACUGAGAUUAUUAUUAUUAUUAUUAUUAUUAUUAUUAUUAUUAUUAUUAUUAUUAUUAUUAUUAUUAUUAUUUCGAUGUUUCCAGUACUGAAAAAGGUUACACAAGUCUACAGAUCUGAGGGGCCAAAAUGUAUGUGUACUAUGUAGUAUUUAAGUAUGUACCGUGCACUUAAAACAUUAAUAUAUGUGAUUUUUCUCUUUUUUUUUAAAUCAUCAAAAUCCAGGUAUUUUUCACGACAGGUACCCAGUUCCGGAUUUUCUACCUGUGCCUUUUUGUUCUAGGGGAUAUAGUAUACUGGUAGUCCAUACUAGUGCAACACAUUUCUCAGUAGAUGCUAAUCCACCAUAUUUGUGAAUCUAAAUCUGUACAUCUUGCAGCAAACUGAUGUUGUCUUUUGGAGUACAUUUGUGGAACCUUUUUCUUUUUCAUUCUUCUAAAACAAAUCUUUUUUGUCCUUGGUAGGUACCCAUGAUAGAUGCUACUUAAGGUUAGGACAGAAAAGUCUAGGCUUAAAGCAAUCAGAUAUCUUUCUGUGCUUUGCAAAGGGCUUCGUUAUUUAUUUAUUUAUUUAUUUAUUUAUUACAAGGCUGCAUUUUUUAAUUUGUAGUACCUUCCAUAUUUUCUUUUAUAACCUUGCAUAUAAAACAACUAAACUAUAAAGCAGUAUCAUUUUAUGAGUCAAAUGGCAAUAAUUUGAAACGUUAAUAAAUGGUGUCACUUCAAAAAAUACUGAAUGAAGUAUGGUAUGCUUAUUAUUUCCUAUUUGGUCAAAAAAAGCUUGCCAGAGCUGCUUCCAGCAGAUCUCAGUUAUUCGUAAAGAAUUGCUUGGUACGGCCUUAGUUAUAGUAGAAAAUUGCACAAGGUUACGUCACAAACAGUAUAUUCACUGCUGAAGUCUUGUGAACAUAAGGUACAGCUUUCAGACAUGUUUCCAUUAAAUCAGCUGUGAAUUUGAGCAGUUUUUUGUUUUUAUUUUUUCGUGUGGGAAGGUGAUUUACCCACCCUUUUAAGUCAUACAAUGUUUUGGCUGUGCACUUCCUCAAUGGAGAGAGAAUUUGGAGUUUCUAAACUGCAUGUAAACCCUGCCAUUGACUCCAAUAUUGGGCAGCAAUAGGAAUUUGAGACAUCAUAUUUAUCCUUUUUGUGAUCAAACAGGAUGUAAAGUUCACCUGGUGGCAAAAGGCUGCAAUGACUCGAUUCUAAUCCUGUCAGUCAUUAGGGGCAGCCGCUGAUCUCUUUCAGUAUGAAGGCACUUUACAGAAAGACUACCCUAGGAUAAGCAAUUCAACAGUUUCAAUGUCUUGGGUAUAGACACACAUAUUAGUAUAUCAGAUUCGUUACUACUGUCCUGUACUAGAAUAUAUUCUUAGACCUGUAUACAGGUCUUGGUGUUGAAAGAGUUAAUACCAAGGGAAUAUAUCAGAAGGGCAAGGGCAGCCUGGGAACUUGAGUUUUUGUAAUGAAAAUAAGUACAAUGGAGACCCUUCCCCAUUUAGAGUGGACUGUCUUGUAUGAGCCAAGAACAUGCAGAGAUGCAGCUGAAUGACAUCAGGAAGCCCAAGCAGAUGAACAGUUCUUGAGUAAUUAAAAGUACUGUCUCAAUAUAUGUUUUAAAGUGGCAGUACGGUAGCUAACAAAAUAUUUGCAUAAAUCUUUCCUGUCAUGCAGUUUAGAAUGAAACAUGAUAUGGCCCGCAUGUAUUUUCAUUUUAAAACAUGACAUCUGGUACUAUACUAGGUUAAAGAAAGUUCUUAUUUCGCUUGCCUUGCUCUCCAGGAAAUCCAUUCUCCCUGACAGUUCACCUCAGCACAGUCCUCGUGGUGAACCAUCUUACUGGCUGCAAAGUAUGCCAGUCAUUAGGGGAAGCAGCUGGUUGGUUACUGACAGAAAAGAAGGCCCUGAAAGGAUGGGGAUAAUUUCACUGUUCAGUUGACAUGAGGAAAGUAGUACAAGACUAUCUGAAAUCUGAUUUCUUUAGGACAAUGUUGCACCAGAUAGCAUGUUUUAAAAUUAAAUUAAUUUUGUAUGCAGCAAUCACUUUAAAAUAAAUGUUUGCUAUGAUAUGUGUUUUUAUAACCCCAGGUUGGCAGUGCAAAUUAUGGUUUAAAACACAAACUGGCAGCUUCUCUGACGAUUCUCUGACCAAGGGUGAUCUAAAUGUAAAGGGAGCUGAUAUAGCUUUAAAUUGAAUCAGAACAGGCACAAAUGUGAUAAUGCCUUUUAAAUCCUCUGCAAAGUUACUGGGGAAGAAAUUGUCCUUCAAUUGCUGGAGAUAGAUUAAAUGAAACUCAGCACGAAUACUCCAUUGGUCAAAUUGAUCUUUCAGGUCAUUUGGUAGGCUUUAAGUGACCUUCAUGUAGGUCCAACAUUUAAACAUGCUUGCUCAGUGAGUUCUGAAUGCCCAGUCUUGGAUAUCUAUGUUUAGAAUAUUCUAGAACAAUACAUUAUAGGAAAAGUCAGACUGCUUACUGAAGGACAAACACACAGAGAAGCACCUGUUUUUAAUGAAUCCUGCUUCCAUAUUGCUACGGCAUUGUAAUAAUCCCAUAGCUGACUUGUGACGAAUCUGCCCACAGAGAGCAGGAUCAUUUUGCAUAUAUAAGACUGCCUUCAGGCAAUUAAGUUUUGACACAGUGUUGGGACUUGAGCUUUAUUUCAAGAAUAAUUAAAACUGACAAGUGAAGACAAAGGGAACUGGCAACAAAUGAUAAACAAGGCAUAGUUAAUUGGGGGUUAAAAAGCUAAUUAUUGGGGGGCUAAGUGGUGCAUACUGAACAGUGGGGUAGUUCACUAGCUUCACCUCCUUCCAGGGCUUGAAUCCAUCUGUUUACGUCAUAAGUGAACCUUUGGCCACGUUUCCACAUGCUCGUUUGCUCAGCCCUGCAACCUUAGUUCCCGUGCCUGUGGCUCCCUGUUUUUACACACCCCGUCCUGCUGUCAAUCAAGGCCGAGCAGCCUGGUUCUGAACUGAGGUAGCAGAUCCGUGUAACUGUCAAACCUGGCAGCACUUUUAUUACAAGAGAAAAAAAAAAACGUGUGCAGCUAUAGCUUUAGACCAAUAAUGAGGGAAGUGAGCAGCUUUUGUAUUUAUAUCAUUAUUAAUCCUAAAUUAAUUUAUUGUAUGUCUUAUUAAACAUUGAGUGGACCAAACCAUUAAUAUCUGUUUGAUAAACACAAUGAAUUAGUUCAGGAGAGCUUUUGUCCAAUAUAAAUACAUUUUUGACACUGGUACAUUGAGAUAAAGCAUGUGUCUCUUUUAUGACUGAUGAUUUCUGCACUAAACUUUACCAGAGAGCACAAUGUGAUGGAAUAAUAGACUCCAUUACCUCUACUACUAUGUUUCGGGUCUAUUUGACCCGACACUGGUUUUCAUUGACCUUAAAUUUGACUUUUUGUCCCCCUAUAAUAUUUUAGAACAUUUCCUAGGUUGGUCACAAACUUAUGAAAUAAAAACAUUCAGAUGUUUAUUUUUAUCUGAUAACUGAUCUUGUAUACAAACAUAAUGCUGAGGUAUUUAUAUAUGUAGCUUUGUAUGCGUGAAGAAAAUAAAAUGCUUUCACUUGGUGUUUAUUAUUAUUAGUAUUCUGAUGAUGAUGAUGAUGAAUGUUGAUGAUGAUGAAAUGGUUGCUCAUAUCUAGUAGAUGCUAAUCUCUGCAUGUAACAGCAGCUCUCUGAUAAAGAGGUUAAACAAUUAGCAGUUGCAAGUACAAAGACAUUUUAACAGAGACAGUGAAGUGGAAGAGGAAGUGGACGAAACUGGACCAAUAAUGAUAUGAUCCUGAUUACAAUUAAUCAUUCUCUGAUGAAUCUGAAGAUGCUUUCCCUGAUUUCCCUGGAGAUGUUGGACAAGGCACUAGUGACAGCCCUCAUUCAAAGAAGAUUAGGAUUGCCUAGAGCUCCUGCAGCAAUUGCUCUUAUCCACAAUGUUCAGGCAGAAGGAGCCAGUGCAUCUCUGCCUGCAGCAACUGGCAUGGGCAAAAAACAUGCAAGAUGCCAUUUCGUCUACUUAUCCAUCAUGUGUGCUGUGACCUCACAGCUCUGUCCUGCAUUUACAGAUCAUUCAUCCUGGACAGAUAUUAUGUUUUGUUUUGUUACAAAUAACACUUUAUGUGCUAAUUUUGUAUAUAUCCACAUUUAUUGGGACAUUUAUAAAGAAAUGCUAAUGAAAAUGAAUGUACCAUAGUUAUAAUAAGUACAUACUUCAUGAAAAAAAAAUGCUUUACAUACUUGAAAUUCUGCACUAUGCUCAAGCUUCGUUCAUUCCCUUCUCCAAAUAUUAAGAUACAAUACAACUUUGGUUUCUGUAAUUAAAUAUAUCUUUGAGCUUAUUAUAAUGAGAGUUUACAUUCAUUUAUAAUAUUUAAAAAAGAUUA